GGUCCAGUAGUAUAAAACAUUAUGCUUUCUCCCAGUACUGACUGGGUGAAGACAAAGGUGGUCAGAGAUUGGACUACCCUUGACAAGGAGUUGAGGACAAAAGUCUCAGCAGGCAGAAUUCAGGUGAGACUACAAAGAAGAAAGCUCAGAAGCUUCAAACCUCAUACUACAAAGACAUGUCAUCAGAAUACAUAAAGUUUGAAGGAAUCUUGUUCCCCAAGGGUUAUAGUAUAAAGCACCUCAAAUUUUGUCGGGACGAGUUUGUGGUGAAGAAUACUGAUGUCAUUGUUGUAACCUACCCCAAGUCAGGAACCAAUUGGGUCAUAGAGAUAAUCAGCCUGAUCCACAGUAAAGGGGACACCACCUGGGUCCAAUCCAUCCCCAUUUUUGAGCGGUCCCCAUGGGUAGAAGUAAAAGCAAGUCAGCCGUUGCUUUGCAAAAAAGAACAAAAUGGGCCGCGGUUUUACAGCAGCCACCUCCCCAUCUGGCUGUUCCCCAAAUCCUAUUUCCAAAGCAAGGCCAAGAUAAUUUACGUCAUGCGCAAUCCUAAAGAUGUGAUUGUUUCUCUUUAUCAUUUUACAAAAGUGCUUAAAUGUUUUGAGACAGCGGAAAGUGUUUCCCAGAUGAUUAAGAUGUUCUCUCAAGGAACUGUGCCAUUUGGAUCCUGGUUUGACCACACCUGUGGCUGGCUAUCCUUGAGAGGGAAUGAAAACUUCCUAAUUUUGACCUAUGAAGAACUUCUGCAAGAUCUUUGGGGAAAUGUGGAAAAGAUUUGUCACUUCCUGGGAACAAAGCUGAAGGAGGAAGAAGUCAACUUAGUGGUAAAGAAUGCUUCCUUCUCUGCCAUGAAAGCCAACAAAAUGUCCAACUAUUCAAUCUUGCCUGAUGAGAUCAUGGAUCACAGCCAAGGAAGCAUGCUAAGAAAGGGAAUUGCUGGAGACUGGAAGAACCAUUUCACAGUAGCUCAAAGUGAAGCCUUCGACAAACUUUUCCAGGAGAGGAUGGCAGAACUAGACCAAAGGCUGUUCCCUUGGGAGCAGCAUUGAGGAGCUGACAACUUGAUGUUACCUUCGAUUCCACAUGUGAUGGAUGACUGGGCAACUUUACCUAACCCUGAUUCUAAACACUAGACUCACUGGGUGAAAGUAGCCAUGGUUAAGAGCCACUUGGCUAUUUCAAUCAUAAGAACAAAAUCAAGGCUCCCCCUUAGCUUGUUUGCCAAUAACUCCCAGACCUAAGGCAAAGACAAUGAUUUUCUUUCCACUCCCUUGGCCUUUUCCCUGUCCCAAAUCAUGGUGUACGUUAAAGUGACGGAGUCCUAAUAGAGCUGCCCUCAGCCCCAAUAUUCUAACUAACUUAUGAGACCCAAUGAAUAACAGGCAUGUCAUGAUUUAACCCCACAAUCUGGCUUUACACACAUCACGGACCCCCAAAAUCAAUCAUAGGCCUCACUGAACAGCUAGUCACUGCUCCUAGUUAGCCAUUACCCCUAGACUCAAUCCUCUAGCUAGCCUCUUCCCUCAGAUCCAAUUUACAUAUUUCCCACAGAAACAGGUGUGCCCAUGGACUCAACCUCAAGCACAUCAUCCAUCUUGACCAGAUAAGACCAUAAUAAUUAACCACUCAGAAAGCAACACUACCAGGAUGUAGUGCAGGAUGCUUGACUACCACACCAUAGAAGGGGCCCACCCUGAGAUAGCACCCGAGCAGUAAUGGUAAAGAAUUGACCUAUAGUGAACUUAUGAUGUAGAGAGGCUUAUUAUAAUAUCAUUAUCAUACAUACAUGCCCCCCUAUUUGGAAUUUUUUGUAUGCAUUCUGGGUAACUGGAUGCACAGUCCCACAGAGGCUGGAACCCCUUCCCCAUUACCUAAUCCCUUAAAAAACUCCUCCUGCCUUUUUAAUGUUAUUUACAUUUCUGUAUUCUAUAUAAAUAUUGAUUGUAUAAUCAGCAUCAUAUACUCUAUAAAAUUGUCUGUCUUGCCUUACUGGAGUUGCUAAUUUCUCUAAUGAAUGUUGCUACUCACCAGAGCAUGAAACCUCAAAACCAUAAUAAAUCUUUAUAA